UUAAUUUUACAAAUUAUUAAACUGACAGAUUGAAAUAUAUAUUCACAGAGCAACUGUACUCGAAUAAAAAUUACUUUUGCACAAUCGCUAAUGUUAGCGCCUUGCCCAACAUUGCAGAAUUGUUGCCAUUGAUUUCCUGGGAUAGUCAUAACCCUGCAGGAGCUCACGUGCCCGGUUUCUAAAAAUGAGCAUCUGAAGCCAAGUCAAGAUGACAAGCCCAAACCGAGACAUCCCCAUCCACAGCUGGCCAGGUUCCUACUACAUCAACAGCGAGAAGCACUGGGAGGCCGGGACCCUGUCCCUGACCCGCACCAUAUUGCGCUUCACCUCAGACCAGAGCAAAGAGAACCUGGUUGGCUUCCGCCUCACCAGGAUCAUGGAGAUCAAGAUGGAGUCGUCCAGCUUCAUCUUCAGCACUUUGACUGUGUUGGAACAGGGGAAUCUCAAGCACUGGUUCGGCUCACUGAGGCCCAACCGGUUGGUGGUCUACAAUGUCCUGGAGCAUUUCUGGAGGGAGAGGUUGUUGUCCCCCUCUACUGAGGUCCAGGGGGCCGAGGCACAGCCCACCAAGGGGAGGGAGCUGAUUAACCUGGUUGCGGAGGCUCAAAGACGGCUAGAGGACACAGGGAAUGUCCUCCACCAUCAGGGAGAGCAGUUUGAUAACGUCAUGCAGGGCCUGGACAAGAUCGACUCUGAUCUGGGCGUGGCAGACAAGCUACUGUCUGAACUGCAGUCUCCCCCUUGGUGGCCUUUUGGCAAAUUACCCUGGAAGAGUCAGCAGGAUGCCAAUGCUGAGCAUGCUGCCAGAGAGGCCACUUGUAAGGGAACAGGCAAGCACAGAGUGAUCACCAGCAUACCAGCCAUCGUUUCCAGAGGUGGAGAUUCGGACCUGAAGCCUGGCUGCUUGAUGGUGAUGGUCUCCUCUUUAGAAGUCCGAGACACAAACUAUGUGCUCCUCCACCGCUUUGAGAGGGACGAGGUGGAUGACAUCCGGGUGCACAAUCCUUAUGAGAUCAGUGUGAGGCAGAGGUUCAUAGGGAAGCCAGACAUAUGCUUCAGACUCCUGUCGGCUAAAAUGCCGGAGGCCAUGUCUGUGUUAGAGAUGCAGUAUAAGAAGAAGGUAGAGUACAUGAGUGAGUACUCUGCCUUUAAGACGACCCCAGCCACAACCCCAGGUGACCAGAAUCAAGGUUUAAUAUGGAAUGCAGCAGGCUUGCAGCAGUACCAGGAGACAGAGGUCCCCAGUAUGGUCCCAGCAGGAGAGCUUUCCCAGGUGCAUCUACAUGUCCUUAAGCCAGAGGUUACUCAGGCUGAGGUUCAGGAGCUCAGACAGCAGAUGCUAAUGCAGCUGAAAAAUCUUGCUCUGGAGGCUGAGACUGAGCUGGAGAGGCAAGACGAGGGCCUGGAUGUUCUGACCACCUCUACGGACCAGGCCACCAUGCACAUAGACAAACACACCUGCCGCAUGAAAAGGCUGCUGUAACUAACUUACUUACAACACAAUGCAGAAAUGCACCGAGUUGCUAUUGCCUUACGACAAAUGUAUUCUGUUAGAAGGUUGUUGUACUGUACCUCUAUAUUUGAGGUUCCAUAACCAUUGAAACCAGAUUUUACCAUCUGCUUCGUUGUAUCACAUCAAGUUAAGUCUUAGCCUCAGGUGUAGUCAUACACCCUUACCUCAUUGUAACGUGUAAAAUAUAGAAAUCGAUGUUCCUCUCAAUGUGGUAAUUACUGACCAGUCCACUAGAUGUUAUUUACACCAAGGUGAGGAAGUGUUCACUCAUCAGCACUUUGUGGAGAUAUCGUCCUCUUUGCACUGACAAACUAUGAAUAUAUCCAAACUUGGUUGUUGUUGACGGGAGGUUGGACAGACAUAAUGGUCUCUGUCACACAUGUAAUCCAUGGUUUCUGAUGUUGUACUUAAAUCACAGUGAGGAGCGAUUGUCACACGUGUUUUUUCCUUCUUCUUUUUCAGUUGCAGGUGUCAGUAAAGCCAUCCCCCUCCCUCCCUGCACAUGGUUUCCCUCCAGCUCCAAGUGUUGCAUGUUCCCAUGUUUCUGCUGAGUAAAGCGAUGCAUCGAGUGGGAUCUGUAGAACUGUGAGGUAUGCAGUGGGUAUGUAACAUGUAGCAAAGUCUGUUGAAACUGUGUCCCUUGAAAUACACGGAAUACUUUACAGAGCCCCUACUCUUAAGUCAAUUUCUAUACCAUAAUGUUCCGUACUAGAGAAAGCAGGGAGUAACUCACAAUAGGUUGUCUCUCUGACAUUAUCACUGGAUUUAGGAAUAUCUGUAUAAUCUUAUGUGUAUAUGAAUGACUUGCAUAUUUCUAUGCUGUAGUGUACUCGGAUGUUUUACUGAAAUGUCAUUAUUGUCUCGCUAUCAUAUGUGAACUUGCGAUAAACUGUUAUUUAAACUCAAUAUCUGGUAAAUAAUGCUUUUCUCUGUACAAAUAAUGCCCAAGGCUCCCCAUGCUACUAUACUGUAGAGAGCAGAGGAAGUAUUUGAGUGGCGUGUAAUUAUCCAAUAGAACACAUUUACAUAAAAUACAGACGAAUGGCUUUAAAUAGUACAGUACGACCCGCCCAGUUCAUAAAAGGCAAUUGACACCGAAACAAAAUAUAAAUGCAACAUGUUAACUGUUGGUUUCAUGAGUUGAAAUAAAAGAUCCCAGAAAUAUUCCAUGCGCACAAAAAGCUUAUUUCUCUAAAAUUUUGCUCACAAAUUUGUUUACAUUCCUGUUAGUGAGCAUUUCUCCACACCUGGCAGGUGUGUUAUAUCAAGAACAUGAUUAAACAGCGUGAUCAUUACACAGGUGCCCUUUGUACUGGGGACAUUAAGAGGUCACUAAUAAAAUGUGCAGUUUUGUCACACAACACAAUGCCACAGAUGUCUCAAGUUUUGAUGGGGCGUGCAACUGGCAUGCUGACUACAGGAAUGUCCUCCAUAGCUGUUGCCAGAGAAUUUAAUGAUAAUUUCUCUACCAUAAGCUGCCUCCAACAUUGUUUUAGAGAAUUUGGCAGUACGUCUAACUGGCCUCACAACCGCAGACCAGGUGUAAUCACGCCAGCCCAGGAUCUCCACAUCCGGCUUUUUCACCUGCGGUAUUGUCUGAGAGAAGCCACUGCGGACAGCUGAUGAAAAUAUGGGUUUGCACAACCAAAGAAUUUCUGCACAAACUGUCAGAUACCGUCUCGGGAAGCACAUCUGCACGCUCGUUGUCGUCACCAGGGUCUUGACCUGACUGCAGUUCGUCGUUGUAACUGACUUCAGUGGGCAAAUGCUCAAACGCUUUUCACGGAUGGAUCACGGUUUCAACUGUAUCGGGCUGAUGGCAGACAGCAUGUAUGAUGUCGCGUGGGCGAGCGGUUUGCUGGCGUCAAUGUUGUGAAGAAAGUGCCCCAUGGUGGCUGUGGGGUUAAGGUAUGGGCAAGCAAAAGCUACAGACAAUGAGCACAAUUGCAUUUUAUCAAUGGCAAUUUGAAAUCACAGUGAUACCGUGACAAGAUCCUGAGGCCCCUUGUCAUGCCAUUCGUCCGCUGCCAUCACCUCAUGUUUCAGCAUGAUAAUGCACGGCCCCAUGUCGCAAGGAUCUCUACACAAUUUCUGGAAGCUGAAAAUGUCCCAGUUCUUCCAUGGUCUGCAUACGCACCAGACAUGUCACCCAUUGAACAUGUUUGGGAUGCUCUAUCUACGUGUACAAAGUGUGUUCCUGUUCCCGCCAAUAUCCAGCAACUUCGCACAGCCAUUGAAGAGGAGUGGAACAACAUUCCACAGACCACAAUCAACAGCCUGAUCAACUCUAUGUGAAG